CAUCCAAUAAAAGUAAUUACAAUUGUGUGGCUCAUUUCAGUCUACGUUAAGGCGUUGAAGAAGUGAGUGUACAACACAGUUGGCAGUACAAAAAUACAUUAAUUUGUGCAUAAUUUAUAUUAUUAACUUUUUAAGCAACUAAACAAACUAACCAAACAAAAUGAGCUCUGCUGAAUAUUACCCAUUCAAGUGCACCCCCACCGUCUACCCAGCUGAUCCCUUCGAUCCAGUCGAAGAUGCUGCCAUUCUACGCAAGGCCAUGAAGGGUUUCGGCACCGAUGAGAAAACCAUUAUCGAAGUAUUAGCUCGUCGCGGCAUUGUACAGCGUUUGGAAAUCGCUGAAGCAUUCAAAACAUCCUACGGCAAGGACUUGCUCUCUGAACUGAAGUCCGAAUUGAGUGGAAAAUUUGAGAAUGUUAUUGUUGCACUAAUGACACCAUUACCACAAUUCUAUGCAAAUGAAUUGCAUGAUGCCAUUUCGGGUAUGGGUACCGAUGAGGAGGCGAUCAUUGAAAUUCUCUGCACGCUCUCCAAUUAUGGUAUUAAGACCAUUGCACAGUUUUAUGAGCAGAGCUUUGGUCGUUCAUUGGAAUCCGAUCUGAAGGGUGACACCAGCGGACAUUUCAAACGUUUGUGUGUGUCAUUGGUGCAGGGCAAUCGCGAUGAGAAUCAGGGUGUAGAUGAAGCCGCAGCUGUUGCUGAUGCACAAGCUCUACUGGAAGCUGGUGAAGGUCAAUGGGGUACCGAUGAGUCCACAUUCAAUUCGAUUUUGAUCACACGCUCCUACCAACAGUUGCGCCAGAUCUUCCUCGAAUACGAAAAUAUCUCCGGAACUGAUAUUGAAAAGGCGAUUAAGCGCGAAUUCAGCGGCUCUGUGGAACGUGGUUUCCUUGCCAUCGUGAAAUGUUGCAAGUCGAAGGUUGACUACUUCGCUGAACGUUUGUACGAGUCUAUGCAUGGUCUGGGCACCAAGGACAAGACUUUGAUACGUAUUGUUGUUAGUCGUUCAGAAAUCGAUUUGGGCGACAUUAAGGAAGCAUUCCAAAAUAAAUACGGCAAGAGCUUGGAAUCAUGGAUAAAGGAGGAUUCUCAGUCCGAGAUCGGUUUUGUGCUUGUCACUAUGGUUGCCUGGUAGAAUGCUUGACGCCUAGAAAACCAGCACGUAUAUAUAUAUAUAAUUAAUCAGGCGAAUUGUAAACAACAUAGUGCAGCUCAAAACGAAUCAACCGAUGAAGCUUAGCUUCUGAAAUUAUAUAACGCCUUUAUUACUAUACAUACAUACACAAUAUGAUACUCUAUAUUUGAAAGUGAUUCGUUUAUAAAACAAAGAACAAGCAAAUGAUCGUAGUUCGCAAGUUACAAAUAAAUGUGCUUUAAUUAUAUUUAAUUUUCCAAAAAGUAGUAUUUAGAAGUUUUUAAUGUAUUAUUUUUAAAUUUUACUCGAAUUUCACUCAUUCUUAUUUGAAAACACACACAUAUAUAAAUAUGUAGAUGUAGUAUUCAUUAAUUCGUUUAUUAAAAAUAUUUGGCAUCUAGUUCUUUUGUAAAUUUUUUUAUAUUGCUUUUAUGUAUAUGAAUUUACAUUUUGUACAAUAUAUACAUACAUGUGUUUGAUGUAGUAUUAAUAUGCAUAAUUUCCAAUGGAUAACCGAUUUCUUUCAAUAAAAUAUUUCACACCUAAA